CACCAGUUUUCCUCCCCUUCCCGCUCAUCAGACCCAGAUGCCGCCUCCUCAUCACUAAUCACCACUGCCCCGCGCUCCCCUCCCACUCGCUUUGUGCUGCCUCUCGCCGUCGCUCGCGGUUCCCGAUGGGCUGCUUCCUUGGCUGCUUCGGGGGGGCCAAGGAGCGCCGCCGCCGCCGCAAGCGGUCGCCUUCACAGUCCCCCAACGGCCGCGCCCGGGCUGUGCCGCGGGUUACGCCGAAGAAGGUUGAUGUGGAUGGGGAGGCCGCGGCCUCCGCCGCCGCGCCGCUCCUAGCGACGCUCCUCGAGUUGAGGGACUCCACGGACGGCAUGUGCCUAGCCGUCGUGAAGAAGAAGGUGACGUUCGACCCCAACGUCACCACCUUCGAGGCGGCCCCGAUCCCGGAGGACGACGGCGAGGGAACCGAUCCGGAGGAUGGUGGGGCUAGCAGGGAGAAGGGGUGGAUGCUGGUGCCGGAGUGUGCCAAGUCCGAGGCCUUCCCCUUGAACCACAGGUACAGCAACUGCGCCGGCAGCGACACCGACAGCGACUACGAGGACGCCGAGGAGGACGAGUUCGAAGGCGACGAGGACGACGAGGAGGAAGACGAAGACGGGAUUGAUGAGUGCGCGAUCGACGGCGACGAGGACGAAGACGAGCACGGCCUCCUCGGCAUCGGACGCAGCGAGGAGGAUGCGUGCGAGUCGCUCUUCCUGCUUCCGUUUGGCAAGACAUCCAAGGAUUCCUUCGGCCAGGUAGUGGCGCCCGCCGUGCCCCCGGCGGCGGAGGCCCCCGCGGUGCUCGGCUCCGUAGAGAAUCUCAACCUCGCCCGGUGGAAGGAACCCAAGCCCCGGGCUGCCGCUGCACUCAAGUCCUCGGACAAGGAGAACGUCACUGUGGGGCAAGAGAACCGGAUGGACGACCUCCUCGCCGAGCCACCAGCGGCCAAGAGGAAGGAGGAGAGGCCGGCGGUCUCGGGCUACACCCCCAGCACGCCGAGCAAGCAGGAGGCCUCCGUGGACGCCAGCCUCUCCACGUGGCUCGGUUCCUCGGGGACGCCCGAGAGCAACUCCGUCCGGUCCUACUCGCCGAUCAGCCGGGAGGACCGCCCGAUCCUUGGGGACCUCACCGUGGAGGACAUCAAGAUAUCGUCGGCCAGCUCAACGCCGAGGAGGUCGAGGUCCCCGAGCCCGAGCCCGGAUGACAUGCCGAUCCUGGGGACGGUGGGCGCUUACUGGAACUGCAGCGCCAAGGAGGCCGAUCCGGUGACAAGGGGAGGGUUUAUGAGGACCAGAACCAGAUUUGGGCAGGGUUUUGCAGGAUGAAAUGGUGGAUUGCUACUGAACAGUGGACACACCUCUCCUCCCGCUAGGAGGGUAGAAUGCAAGAGUGAAAACCAGUUUGCAUUUCUUUCAUAUGUUGUAAAACAUUACAUGGUCACCAGAUCAGUAUUCUAGUAUGAUAUUUUUUGUGGCACUUGUCAAUAUGAUGCAGUAUUUCAUAUUAUUCUUUUGUCAAUAUGAUCAAUUUGUAUUUGUGCGUGUUA